AUGCGCACUCAGGUCCCAGAGCCCGCCUUUGACGAUGUCUGGCAUGUUCGAUCCGUGUGCUUUGUCGAUAUCGGCUUCCGAUCCCUCCACCCUUUCCAAGAACGAAAUGCUUCUGAUUCCGUGAGACCAGAAACCCCUGCCGAGCCACCCAUUCUAGGAAACGGCCAGUCGUUGAAUCGAACCCCUUGCAAAAAGAACCCGAGUCUAUACAAGCGGAUCAUGAUGCGCUUGACAACCAGGAAAAGGGCCAAAAGUGCAUGUCGUGCAAAAGAUGAUGAAGGCAGCCCGUUCCUGGCGACGGGAAUCGAAAGCACAGAACAUAGUACUCGUGGGGUCAACAAGAAGGAUAGGUGUGAAUCUCCCUUCUCAACGAGUGUCCUCGCCGACUCGCACUUUGUCCGCUAA